CCGGCCGGGUCAAGAAGCUGCAAGGAUGGAGAUCAGACCAGACAGGUUUAAGGCGGCGGCGGCAAAAACUCUGGGGAGAAUUAACAGGCUGAUAGAGAAACGGCAGCCCAAUGGAGAAUCCAUCGAGUUAUCCGCAGAGGGCCGCCCUGAGCUGGUGGAGGAGAAGGAGCUGCCGGUGGUGGACUGCACCUGCUUCGGCCUGCCGAGGCGGUACAUCAUCGCCAUCCUGUCUGGCCUGGGGUUCUGCAUCUCUUUCGGCAUCCGGUGCAACCUGGGUGUGGCCAUCGUGAGCAUGGUCAACGACCACACUGUCUACAGAGGCAACAAGGAAGUGCUUGUGGCGGCACAGUUCACCUGGGACCCUGAGACAGUGGGAAUGAUCCACGGCUCCUUCUUUUGGGGCUACAUAGUCACACAGAUCCCGGGUGGCUUUAUAUGUCAAAAAUUUGCCGCCAACAGAGUUUUCGGCUUUGCCAUCGUGGCCACAUCCACCCUCAACAUGCUGAUUCCAUCUGCUGCUCGCUGUCAUUACAGCUGUGUCAUCCUGGUCAGGAUAUGCCAGGGCCUUGUUGAGGGUGUGUCAUACCCAGCCUGCCACGGGAUCUGGGCCAAAUGGGCACCUCCUCUGGAGAGAAGUCGAUUAGCCACAACAGCCUUUUGUGGAUCCUAUGCAGGGGCAGUGGUGGCCAUGCCUCUAGCUGGGAUACUGGUGCAAUACACUGGGUGGCCUUCAGUAUUCUAUGUCUAUGGCAGUUUUGGGAUAUUCUGGUAUUUGUUUUGGGUCCUGGUGUCUUAUGAGAGUCCUGCAGCCCACCCUACAAUCACACCCGAGGAGAGGAAGUACAUUGAAGAUGCAAUUGGAGAAUCUGCAGGCUUUGUAAAUCCUCUCCAGAAAUUUAAAACCCCAUGGAGACACUUCUUCACCUCCAUGCCCGUCUACGCUAUCAUCGUGGCCAACUUCUGCAGGAGCUGGACCUUCUACCUGCUGCUCAUCAGCCAGCCGGCUUACUUUGAGGAAGUCUUUGGAUUUGAGAUCAGCAAGGUGGGGAUAGUGUCAGCUUUGCCUCACCUGGUGAUGACAAUCAUCGUGCCUAUUGGAGGCCAGUUGGCAGACUACCUGAGGAUCCACAACCUGAUGUCCACCACCAAUGUCAGGAAGCUCAUGAACUGUGGAGGUUUCGGGAUGGAGGCCACGCUCCUGCUGGUGGUGGGAUACUCUCACACUAAAGGUGUCGCCAUUUCUUUCUUGGUCCUGGCUGUGGGUUUCAGUGGAUUCGCUAUCUCAGGGUUCAACGUCAAUCACUUGGACAUCGCGCCUCGAUACGCCAGCAUACUGAUGGGCAUCUCAAACGGGGUAGGAACGUUAUCCGGGAUGGUUUGUCCUCUCAUCGUGGGAGCCAUGACCAAACACAAGACACGGGAGGAGUGGCAGGGCGUCUUCCUCAUAGCCUCCGUCGUUCAUUAUGGAGGAGUGAUCUUCUAUGGACUCUUUGCAUCGGGAGAGAAGCAGCCAUGGGCCGACAUAGAGGACACCAGCGAGGAGAAGUGCGGCAUCAUCGACGAGGACGAACUAGCCAAUGAGACGGAGGAGCUCUACCGUGGAGGCGGGCAGUACGGGGCCAUGAGCCAACAGGGCGUUGGAUCAAAUGGAGGAGGGGGGGGAGCCGGCGCUGGAUGGGUGUCGGACUGGGAUAAGUCUGAGGAGUACGUUCAGCCACCCGGACACAACUCCUACAUGUACGGAGGAGAAGAGGAGAGGGAGCUGACAUAGAAGAGUGAGGAGACACGAGUCUAAAACACCGAGGUGACGAAGAGAGGAAGAUUGGUUUUGGAGAGGGAUUGUAAGAGAGCAUCUGCUGUGCUGAACGGACCUGCUGUGUCCUGUUAUACAAACCUUACAGUGCACAUAUCAGAAGUUUGGAUCUGGUUCAUUCCAUUCAGAGUGUGUGUAUGUGUGUGUGUGUACAUGUGCAUGUGUGUCUUAGAGUACUUAAUAUUAACUAACACAUACAGGAUUCACUGCAAAAACUGGACUCAUAUCCCAGACUUCAUCCUGCUCUUGAGCUUUGUUGUGAUUGGUCAGGAGUUUCCACAACAUCACUGAGGAGAUUCUUUGUGAAUGUGUGU